AUGCUGUCGGAGAUGCUGCACCCCAAGACAUGGUCCACCGGGCAUGUCAGACGCGUUCAGACACUGCGGAAGUCGUGUGGGCGAAGGUAUACCGCGCACUCACGAUCGUUACAAACGGCGGCAAGAUACGAUUCAAAUGUCGUCAACAUCGUUGAGGUCGGUCCGCGGGACGGUCUGCAGAACGAGAAGGCCGUCAUCCCACCCUCCGUCAAGGCGGAGUUGGUGACUCGUUUGGGGAGGGCGGGGAUGAAGACGAUCGAAUCAGGUAGCUUCGUCAGUCCGAAGUGGGUACCACAGAUGGCAGGGACUCCCGAGGUGCUCCAGACAAUGGAGCGCUUGCCGGGCGUUCGUUACCCUGUGCUGGUGCCCAACAUGAAGGGUCUCGACAAUCUGUUCGCCUUAUUGGAUUCUGCCUCGCCGAGCGACGUCCCGUUCACUGAUGAAAUCGCAAUCUUCACGGCGGCCACCGACGCGUUCUGCAAGGCAAACACGAACUGUACCAUCGCCGAGUCCCUCGAGCGGCUCGCGUCCGUCACAGAGCGCGCCAAGGCGAAAGGAUUGCGUGUCCGUGGCUACGUCAGCGUCGUCGUCGUCUGCCCAUACACCGGUCGGGUAGACUACAAGAAAGUGAAAGAUGUGUCUCGCGCACUGCUAGACAUGGGCUGCUACGAAGUCAGUCUCGGAGAUACAGUUGGCGCGGGCUCGCCAUGGGACAUUCGGUCGAUGCUCGAGACGGUCAUGUCCGGGGCCGGAGCCCUGCCCGCCACACAGCUCGCGGGCCAUUUCCACGAUACCUACGGUACUGGUGUCCCCAACAUCCUCGCAGCGCUCGAACUGGGUUUGCGGACCUUUGACGCGUCCGUCGCCGGUCUAGGCGGGUGCCCCUACUCUCCGGGUGCGACAGGAAAUGUCGCAACCGAGGACGUCCUCUACGCACUGCAGGGUAGCGGGUACAAGACACCCGGCGACCUCGACGCGCUCGCGGAGGUGGGUGGGUGGAUCUCGGGCAUGCUCGGCCGGCGGAACGAGAGCAGGGCAGGGAAGGCGAUCCUCGCAAGGAUGGCAAAGGAGAAGGAGGUAGCCUUGGUGAAGGAGCGGGAGAGGGACGGCGGGGCGGCUGAGAGGGUCACAGGUGCAGACGUCGAUGUCGCGAUGCGGAGGAGGGAGGAGAACAUCGUCAAGGAACGCGAGCGAGACGGGGGCGCAGCGGAGAAGGUGUAA